UGUGUGCAGGACAGAAGUGGGAGGGCUCCUCCUAGGAGACCACAGGCUGUGCGUCAGGGAACACCCACUGCCCGCCAACCUUGGAGAGUCCCCUCCAGGGCCUGUUUUCCUCUCUCAAACGGAGAUAACUAGGCUAAGUCUGAGGGUUCAGUGAUCGCUAGGCAACAGCUUAGUAAAGGGCCCAGCACGUAGUAGGGUCUCAAGCCCGGUGUCUGCCUUUGAUGGAUGCGGAGCAGAGAGCCAGCGCAGUGCGGAGACUCGCCCAAGGUCACACAGCUGGGGCUGUAGAGCCGACCCCGGGCGGCCUGACUCCGGCGGAUUGUGUUUGUCUGGAGCCAGCUUGCGGGAGCGGUGUUUGGAGGAACGGACGCGGACGUGGGCGGGAAGGGACUUCUAUUUUGGAGCGGGUGAGAGGAGCGCGGGACACGGAGGGGCUGGAUCCCUCCCCCAGCUCCCUGCGCCCCAGUCACCUUCCCGCCACCCUUCCCGGUAGGUGCGUCCCGGGCGGGUAGGGGGGAGGUGGGAGGGGCGGGCCGGCGGUUACCUCAUCGCCGCCUCCGGGAGGCUCCGCUCGCUCUCUCGCGCCGCUGGCUGGGGCGGCGACUCAGGGAGCCGGAGCGGCAGAAGGACGGAGGGACGGAGGCACCGCGAGGCAGCGCCGCCCCCGCGCCGCGAUCCGCUGCGGGACCCUCGCGGCCAGGAGGUCGGCCCUCGGUGCUCGUGCUGCCGGCGGCGCCUCCAGUCGCGCUGCGGGGCGGAGGAGGCGUCUGCACGGCGCGCAGGAGGCGUCUGCACGGCGCGCAGGAGCUGCUUUCUCCCGAGCUUCGGCACCUGCCGGAGCUGCUCGUGCGUCCUCCGUCGGCCUGCUCGGCUGUCUGCCCUCCGGCCGCACGCUCCGUCCUCUGGCCCGGCCUCUCCAGGCCGGGGCUGCUCCGGGGGAGGAUGAGGGGCGCGGAGCCAGGGCGCACCGGGCAGGGCACGCGGGGCGCACGGCGCUGCGCUGGCCCAUGAGGCUUUCCAGCGCUGGACGCGGCAGGGCGCGCGGGCCAUGGGGGGCAGCCUGCGGGUGGCCGUGCUGGGCGCCCCGGGCGUGGGCAAGACGGCCAUCAUCCGCCAGUUCCUGUUCGGUGACUACCCCGAACGCCACCGGCCCACGGACGGGCCACGCCUCUACCGGCCCGCGGUGCUGCUCGACGGCGCGGUCUACGACCUGAGCAUUCGCGACGGCGACGGCGCUCGCCCGGGUCAGAACCCCGGAGGUCCAGAGCUGGUGGUUCUGGAUCAGUGCCUGGCAGAGCACGGUUGUGCCUCCCUGAGGGAGUGGCCGGACUCCAAGGACUGGAGUUUGCAGGACACGGACGCCUUCGUGCUCGUCUACGACAUCUGCAGCCCGGACAGUUUCGACUACGUGAAGGCGCUACGGCAGCGCAUCUCGGAGACCAGGUGGGGACACGGCCACAGGCCGGCGGGCGCACCCGAGGCUCCCAUCCUCGUGGUAGGCAACAAGCGGGACCGGCAGCGGCUGCGCUUCGGGCCUCGGCGCGCGCUGGCCGCCCUGGUGCGCCGGGGCUGGCGCUGCGGCUACCUCGAGUGCUCCGCGAAGUACAACUGGCACGUGCUGCGUCUUUUCCGCGAGCUGCUGCGCUGCGCUUUGGUGCGAGCGCGCCCUGCGCAUCCGGCCCUGCGCCUGCAGGGGGCGCUGCACCCCGCGCGCUGCAGCCUCAUGUGACUGAACUGGACGACGACGCCGAUGGGUGGGUGGGAGGGUGGUUUGAUUGGAACAACCGGGUACCUGGAUUGGACGAAAUUGCCCAACUUCUCUCGGAUUGGACAGGACAAAGUCUCCUCCCUGAUUGGAUGAGGAAACCUCCCACUCAGUUUCCCGGGCGACAGGACUCUCUUUGAGCCUCAUUGGACCCCGCCAGGCCCCAAGCUACAUUGGGCUGGAACCGUUCUUUCUGGGACUUCAUUGGGUUACAAUUCCAUUGGAUAGAAGGGACUUGGCUAUGAAUCUGAUUGGAAGCUCUCAGGUUGCUCCUGCGGCGUCAUUGGACAAACUCUUAAGUCACACCUCUCGGGAGGUAAUAAAGAGGAAAGCAAUGCAAGCGCCCCCCGCAUUUCUUAGAUAGGCUGCAUGGUCGUUAGCUUAGAGGUCCGAGCUGCCAG